AUGCUGUUCAUCAAUGCCACACUCUCCAAUGAAAAAGAUUAUUUGCACGUUGCAGCAGAGACGGGAGAUCUUAGUGUAAUCGAUAGCCUUUUUCAACGCAAAGCUGCCAUCGUUGCCACUGAUGAAACAGAUCGUGAAACUACUACUCGAAAAUGGCUCAGAGUAUGGCCUGCCGUUGAAAGAAAAGUUAAGGACUUGAUGCCCUUACAUAUAGCAGUUGUUAUCGGAGAUGUUGAGAUUGCAGGACUACUUUUCAACUACAGGCCUGAACUGAAGAGUUUCGAAGGGAAAGUACCACCCAACUCCAGCCUCGCUUGUCGCUUCAUAAGGGCGAGGCGAGCAUGA